CCUUUACAGUCGGACUCUUUCGAAUGCUCGACCAGUACUUCCUGCCAAGAUGGCGGCGUAUGCAUUGCGCUGCCUUUGGCGGAUGCCGGUGCUGCGGCUGUCUUCUUCAGAAGUGCCUCGUACCUUCCCGUGCCGAGCCGUUGCCUCUGCCAGCCCUGCCUCCGGUUCUGAAUUCCAGAGUGAAUACAGUCUGAACAAGCUCUAUCCGCCGCAACAGAAAGGAAGCGACACCGAAAAGAACCAGACAAAGCAGACUACUCCAAAUAUUCCUGUGGAUCGUUUAUCUAUAUCCUAUUGCCGGAGUAGUGGUCCAGGAGGUCAGAAUGUUAACAAAGUGAAUACUAAAGCAGAAGUCCGAUUCCAUUUAGCAUCAGCAGACUGGAUUGAAGAAGAUAUACGACAGAAAAUGGCAGUGAUGUACAAGAACAAGAUCAGUAAAUCUGGGGAGCUGAUAAUCACUUCUGAAGUGAGUCGCUAUCAGAUGAGAAAUUUGGCAGACUGUUUGCAAAAAAUCAGAGAGAUGAUUGCAGAAGCCACUGAGAAACCGCGAGUUAUAUCUAAAGAAGAUGUGCAGAUGAUCAGAGACAGGGUGGAGAAAAGUAACCGAGAGCGUCUCCGACAAAAAAAAUAUCACUCUUCUCUAAAGCAAAGCAGGCGUGUUGACUUUGACUGAAUGUAUCAAAAGGAAAAAAAGCAUGCUGGGACAUUCCUCGGACUCUUCUAUUUCUUCGAUUGUGGGGUGGGGGGAAUUAUUGCUUCUAAUGAGUUAUUUAUAUACAAGUAAAACCUACAACAUCA